CCUCAAUGCGAGGAUGAUGACGACGCCGAGGAGGACGAGGACCCGAGCUCUAGCCCGACCGGCGUGGUCCCUGCUGCUGCCUGCAGAUAUGCGCCAUAUGGGAGAUCCUUCUCGCCGGACUUCGGGAGGAGGCGCUCCCUUGGCGACGGGGUUGAGAGCUGGCGUGGGUUUUGUCAGACCAUUCGUCCUACCCAGAUGGGAUCCUCGCUCAAUAUCGGCAUUUAUCAUGUAUGCAGCACGCGAGGAUGAUGACGACGCCGAGGAGUAUGAGGACCUGAGCUCGAGCCUGACCUUGAUGGCACACAUCACAUGGUCCCUACUGUCCGCCGGUAAUUACUCCCUCCAGGUUUCGCAGCAUUCUCAGGAGGAGAACUGGUGGGUGUUUUUUGACUUUAACGUUGGGAAAGCAGUUCGGAGGGGCAAGUUCGGGCAUGUUUACUUGGCUAGAGAAAAGAGGAAUGUUGACAGGUUCAAUUUUAUCUCAUGAGAUGAUGCGUGCGUGGUUGCGACUUAAAGGAUGAAUGAUUUGUGAAGCUUACCUACCGGAGAUCCCUUGAUGAUAAUGCUGCCAAGUUAUUCUGCCUUUGUAGCCUUAGGGCCUGGAUUGCAAACUCAAGAUACAGACUGUAAACAGCCUUCUGCUCCUGGGCAAGGACCUUGACGUGGUCCGCAUGAGGUAAUGAAAGUCUUUUGCUUGUUCUUUACCCUGCUAGUUCCUCAUCUGUUGCUUUUGAUUUGACUCUGAGGUUCAGUGCCUUGUUCCGGUAGUUUGACUGCUUGUUCAAACCACCUAAACUUGCUAUGUUGUUGAAUUUUGAAAUUUGGUGCUCUGUUAAUUUAUACCAUUUCUGAUCUGAUCACUUGAGCAAGUAUACUGGCCAAGAGAAAGUUUGGUCAUUUAUAAUCUAAUCCACUAGUACUACUGCUGCUAUUGUAUGA